CGCCUGUCACUCUCCGUCUGGAAACUCAAGCACAACCUUUGUCCUGGCUGGCGUCCUCUGGUAGAGGCUGAACACUGCAAAGACAUGGCGGGCGUCGAGAGGAAUGUUCCGUUGGUUCUGACCGUUCUGUUGUGCUGUAUGUGGAUGGGGGAUGCUCAGAGCCAUGGUGAUGUACGACUAACAAGCGGACGUACAGGGUAUCUUCAGAUUUACCAGUACGGGGUUUGGAAAUAUCUCUGUGACCGUCCCCAAUUUUUUACAGACCAGAGCAAGGGAGCGAAAGUUGUUUGCAGAGAGAUCGAAUACCCGACAGACAAUCCCCACACCUGGAAUGAUUACCAUAGCUAUUAUAGUUACAUUACGGGCAGAGUGGAAUGCAAUGGUACGGAGGCAACCAUACAGGAGUGCAAACAUUUACCCAAUUCCAACCAAAGAUGUCACAACAAUAGAAUGCACAUAACGUGCAGCGCAGAUGACCCCUGUUUGAGCUCCCCAUGCCCCGAAGAUCACACAUGUACGAAGAUCAGUGAUAAAAGAUACGAGUGCAAGCCUGUCGACCACUGUGCUUUAUCUCCUUGUCACCAUGGAAACUGUUCCCAAGGUAACGACACCGACUACACUUGUGCAUGUCAACCAGGGUGGGCGGGAAGGAAUUGCUCAGAAGAUAUAAAUGAGUGUGAAGAAAAUAACGGAAACUGCGACCACGCAUGCGUGAAUGAAGAAGGAUCACACAGGUGUCAGUGUAGAACUGGAUUUCGACUCUUAGAGAAUGGAAGGAGCUGCGGUGAAUGUUUGAUAAAUGGUAACCGGUGCGCCCACACGUGCGUGAACUCAUCUUGUGCGCAUUCAGUUCACUGUCAAUGUCACCGAGGGUAUCUCCUAGGCGAAAAUGGAUACAGCUGUAAAGACAUUGAUGAAUGCGCCAAGAAAAAGGGCGGGUGCGAACACCUCUGUGCUAAUACGCCUGGUUCAUAUCACUGCACGUGCAGGGACGGCUAUUAUCUGGGACGGCAAAAAAGGCGUUGUUUUCAACAAGCGGAAACAAUAACGGACGAAUGCACGUGUCGUCUGCGCGUGAAAGCGUCACACACCGGCCUUGGCCCGUCUCUAGUAGACCUGGUGACCCUGAAGUAUGGUGAGAAAAUACUAUGGGCUGUCGAACGUAACCAUAGGACGGCUUACAAAGUGGUCGAAAAACAUCCCAAUUUUUUAAAAACCAGAAAACGCCGAGAAAACGCAGAGGAGAUUGACACCUACCACGAUAAUGAAACGCUGUCACAGGGAAAGGAUUGUCAGAAAAUGUACCAAAACUGUCCGCGGGAUUGCAUGCGCAUGUCUGAGCUACUCUUGGGAGAUCAGGGAUUUGAUCGAUUAACGGAAACUUCUGUGUAUGGCCACCCAGUAAAUAGUUCGUUCGGGCAGUUGAUGUGCAAUAGGUUGAAAAAACGUGUUUCUCCACCAGGUGUCACUGUUAUGGUUUCGUUUUACCCUAGAGGGUGCGGAUCCGAAGUUUCGUUUUAUAAGCUCCCUUCUUUGCUUUGCUGUGAGAAGAUAUCUUCUCCGUUGUUGGCCGGUUAUUUUUACCUUUGGAACAAAAAAUGUUCAGUUGGCUAUGACUUUCGCUCUUUGUUUCGUGCAAUGUAAUCCAACUUUUUUGAACAGACACAAUUACCUGUUACCUACCUCUCACCAUGAACUGCACUUUGCAAAUUUUCUGAAACUUUUAACUCCAAAACUGGCAAAGAUACGCCAAUGGUUUCUAUUGACCUUGAAUAGCAAUUCGUAUAUUGGCAAUUAUUAUAUGACCUUGAAGAUUACCUUUGAUUAACUCUUCACCAUGAACUGAACUUUGCAAAUAUUCCAACCAGUAUAUCUCCCAAAGUGGCAGAGAUAACACUCCUUGCUACUUGAAUAGCAACUCAUAUAUUGGCAAUCAUCAUAUAACCUUGAAUUUGACCUUUGAAUUUGACAGAAACAUUGACAGCUAUCAUUUAUUUGAUUUAGCUAAAUCUCGUCAAAAUUUGGUAUUGAUUUUAUUUUUGGUGUUAAGCGCCACGUGAAAUAGUGUCAGAAUUUACAAAAUAACCCUUUUUGUUCAUCAUUAUUUGCUUUUUUAUCUGAGCAUUUUACAGCUUUGCUCAGUUGUUUUUAUAACUGGUACAUGAACGCGUCAUUUUAGAUAGUUUUCCCAGCAUCACAGUUUGCUAAAUGUAUUUUUUUCGUCAUAAUUCUUUUAGUUAAAAUUGGAUAGUAGCCCUUUAUGAAUAUCUUUUGAUUUCAAAUUUGUUAAAUGUAGGUUUUGAUUAUAUGAAAGACGUAACUACAUGUUAAUUAACCGACUUUAUCAAAGUGAAUUUAUUCUUAUAAAACGAAUGUCAAUCUGACAAUACAAGUGAAUUAAACGGCUGAAAAAGCAUUCUGUUGUAUAAGCAGUUAUAGAAAACAUUCUUGAUUUGUUGGGUCAUAUGUCGACAUGAUUUCAUUUCAAAUGUUCCUGCCAAUAUAAUAAAGUCG